GGCGGGGCGGCGCCGCAGUGUCGGGGCGGCCGGGGGAUGCGGCACCGGAGCGGUGAGCGGCUCCUCCCUCCUGCUCCUCCGGCUGCUGACGGCGGUUUCGCAGCCCGCCGGUGCCCGGCAUGGCUUUCCCCGGCGCGCUCGCCGAGAUGCCUAGGCAGUUUCCAAAGCUGAACAUCUCUGAGGUUGAUGAGCAGGUGCGACUUCUAGCAGAGAAGGUAUUUGCUAAAGUCCUCCGAGAAGAAGACAGCAAAGAUGCCUUGUCACUGUUCACCGUGCCUGAGGACUGCCCUAUUGGGCAGAAAGAAGCCAAGGAGAGGGAGCUGCAGAAGGAACUGGCAGAACAACAAUCUGCAGAAACAGCUAAAAGGAAGAAAAGUUUCAAGAUGAUCCGAUCCCAGUCUUUAUCAUUACAAAUUCCACCUCAGGAAUGGAAAGCACCAUCGGCCAAUCCUGUUCUGUCUCCUGCAACUCCAGUUCUUCCAAGUGCUUUUCUGCCAGUCCAAGUGCCGUACAACGUACCAGAGUUUCAGAGAGUUUCAAUUAGUGGGGACUACUGCGCAGGGGUUACAGUUGAUGAUUAUGAACAAGCUGCCAAGAGCCUGGUGAAAGCUCUUCUCAUUCGAGAAAAGUAUUCACGUCUCGCCUACCAUCGCUUCCCAAGGACAACAUCUCAGUAUUUGUGUAGCAUGCAAGAUGAAAAAUGGAAGGUGGAAGAUGAAGUGUAUCCAGAUUUCCUUCCACCCCCAGAAGAAAAUGAGGAUCCUUAUAAUCUUGAUGAUGCUCCAGAUAAUUUGGAUUAUAUUAUCAGGAUGAAAGGUGGCAUUCCUUUUGUUUAUGAUAAUAAAGAAAUGGUGGAACUCAAUGAGCCUCGGAGUCUGCCAUAUCCUGACCUGGAGACCUAUACCCUUGACCUGAGCCACGUUCUUGCUCUAAUUGCAGAUGGUCCAACAAAAACAUAUUGUCAUCGGAGGCUUAACUUUUUAGAAUCUAAAUUUAGUUUACACGAGAUGUUAAAUGAAAUGUCGGAAUUUAAAGAACUCAAGAGUAAUCCUCAUCGAGACUUUUAUAACGUGAGAAAGGUUGAUACUCAUAUCCAUGCUGCUGCCUGCAUGAACCAGAAACACUUACUGAGGUUUAUUAAGCACACGUAUCAGACUGAGCCUGACAGGAUUGUUGCGGACAAAAAGGGCAAGAAGAUGACUUUAAAGCAAGUCUUCGAAAGUCUUCACAUGGACCCUUAUGACCUCACUGUAGAUUCUUUAGAUGUCCAUGCAGGUCGUCAAACAUUUCAUCGGUUUGACAAAUUCAAUUCCAAAUACAAUCCAGUUGGUGCCAGUGAGCUAAGGGACUUGUAUUUGAAAACUGAGAACUACAUUGGUGGUGAAUAUUUUGCUCGUAUGGUCAAGGAAGUAGCCCGUGAACUAGAAGAAAGUAAGUACCAGUAUACAGAACCCCGCCUGUCCAUUUAUGGACGGUCUCCAGAUGAAUGGCUGAACUUGGCAAAAUGGUUCAUUAAGCACAAAGUCUAUUCCCCUCAUAUGCGCUGGAUAAUUCAAGUUCCCAGAAUCUAUGACAUAUUUAGGUCAAAGAAUAUUCUGCCUAGUUUUGGGAAGAUGUUGGAGAACAUCUUUGUACCUUUGUUUGAAGCCACAAUCAAUCCCAAAGACCACAAAGAAUUGCACCUUUUCCUCAAAUAUGUGACUGGCUUUGACAGUGUUGAUGAUGAAUCCAAGCAUAGUGGUCAUAUGUUCUCUGACAAGAGCCUUAACCCUGACCUCUGGACCAGUGAGAAGAAUCCCCCGUAUAGCUAUUAUUUGUAUUAUAUGUAUGUGAACAUCAUGUUGUUGAACAACCUUAGGAAGGAAAGAGGCAUGUGUACUUUUCUGUUUCGACCUCACUGUGGAGAAGCUGGGUCUAUCACACACCUUGUAUCAGCCUUUCUGACAGCAGACAACAUUUCACACGGAUUACUCUUGAAGAAGAGUCCUGUCCUCCAGUAUCUUUAUUAUCUUGCACAAAUACCCAUUGCUAUGUCUCCGCUUAGUAACAACAGCCUAUUCCUAGAGUACUCAAAAAAUCCACUGCGGGAAUUUCUGCAUAAGGGCCUUCACGUUUCUCUCUCUACGGAUGAUCCUAUGCAGUUUCAUUAUACAAAGGAAGCUCUCAUGGAAGAAUAUGCUAUUGCAGCCCAGGUGUGGAAGCUAAGUACCUGUGAUUUGUGUGAAAUAGCAAGAAACAGCGUGCUACAGAGUGGAUUGUCAGAUAAGGAAAAACAGAAAUUCUUAGGUGUGAAUUACUGUAAAGAAGGGCCUGAGGGAAAUGACAUUCGAAAGACAAAUGUUGCACAGAUCCGGAUGGCCUUCAGGUAUGAGACGCUGUGCAAUGAACUUAGUUUUCUCUCUGAUGCCAUGAGAACAGACGAGAUUUCUACUCUGUCAAAGUAGUUACAAACUCAAAGAAACCAGAGAUUUCACUAAGCAGGAUAAGAUGCUAAUUAACAUGGAAUCAUCUGUCUUCGAUGACAUAACUGAACAGUACAGAGAAAACCAGAGUCUCUAUGGAAGGUAAACAGCUUUCGCUGUUAUCUUUUACUGCAUUAUUCUCAUGGCAAAAAUUUGAGUUUCUACAGACAUUAUACUUUGUAAGAUUGCUGUAAAUAUUAAAUGCAAACUCAGAAUCAUGUAAUAUUUGUUUCCUACUGUCUUAACUGUGCGCUGUUUUGUAGCUUGGAAAACAACAGACCAUUCACAGUGCACCUGUGAUAUGCACCUUAGCAUUCUGCAGAUGCAGACACUACACGUGCACCUGGUUUUGUCCUGCCAGUCUCUAGCAAUCAUGGCCUUUAGCACUUGCAAGUUGAACCUUUUAGCAGUCUGUAUGUGGUGCAUAUUUUUGAGCCUACCCUUUCAUUCUGGAAGGUGUUCUAACACAGUUUUUAUCUUAAUGUUUCUGCCAUUAUACUGGAAAACAAGAAAAACCAAAAACUGGUUGUCUUGUUUAAUGACUAAUUACUUCCUGUUGUCACGUAGGAUGUCUGUGAAGAACAGCAGAUCAAUGCUUUUUAAUCUAGUGAGUAGAAAACAUGGUGUCAAAAUCAUCACUAUUGUACAUAGUAAGUCUAAUUACAUCACGAAAACUUUGCCUUGAAAGUUGAGAACACUUUUUAAUUGAUUUGUAAUGGGAAUAUGUGGAUAUGCCAGUUCAAAUUACUUGGGAAUUUAUGCAGAUAAUUUUGGUUAUGUGCAAAGAGAAAUUUUUUACUCCAACAAAGGAAGUGUUCUUAUGAAUCAGUGGUAGAAACUCCAGACGUGGGUUCUGGUCCUACUUCUGACACCUUUUUACACAUUUGUGUUAGUUUGUAUUUUAGUCAGAGUUGAAUGAGAAGUCAAACUGUUUAUUCAUACAGAAGCAAGCCCACUUGAAAUAUGUCAUUUCAAAUCAUGUUAUGUUAAACUUUUUAUUUAUGAAGGAGUGGCUACUAAAAUACACCUACUGGAAUGUGUAUCCCUUUCAUUCUGUUUUCUAUUUGAUCAUCCUUUUUAAGACACAGUACUUCUCAUUUACAAAAGAGUAAAGGUAAUAAUGUGAUAGCAGCUAUGUAUUGCAGAAGCUGCAUGCAAGUUUCACACAAAAGAAAGACGGGAGGCUAGGGGCAGCAGAGGAGGUUGAUGCCUGUAAGUCAAACAUUCCACUACUUAUUUCAAAUUUACUAAGCUGGGAUCCUCACGCUGGGAUCUUGAGCCUAUGGUUAGAGACUUGGGUAUCUAAUACAAUGCAUAGGGAGGUUAGGCAUCUUGGAACAGUAAUACAGAAUGAAUGGAAAAACCCCAGAUGAAUACGAGCCAGCCAAGCAAGCCUCACUAGACCUGGAACCCUGCAUGUUUCACUGCAUCGGAUGUCUUGUGCCACUUGUAUUUCUUAGGCCAGGCCCUUCUCCUGGGGGUUGGGCACAUCAGGUCUCACUUCCCCUUGUAAAUACAGCCAGAAGUAGCAGUGGUGACAUCACAGGUACCAAACAACUUAUUAAUGGCAUACAUGUAUAUAUGCAUUGAAGACAUACGCUCUCUCCUCAGGCUGUAGCAGUUCAAAGCAAUACCUACAAGGACACUUUUUUAAUGUACCUGCUGUCCUGAAUGGUGACAGUGCAGGGAAAUGGCACCAAAGUAAGGGAAGGAGGAAUUACUUAUUACCUCCUACAGCUGUGCAGCCCUACGAGAGCCCCAUGAGAAUGGUAAAACCAAAAGACCCUUAGGAAGCAGCCUGGAAGCAAUGCUGCUCUGAAGGAGACCGAGGCACAGGAGCAGAGUCCUGGCCAUCCAGUCAGCAUUAUAGUGAGCCAGUGUCAUGCAUACAGAGCUGCAGCAAUUGCAGUCGUUCUUCAUCCAAAAUAUGGUUGCAAACAGGAGACUUGCCUUUAGCUCUUCAGUGACCUGGCCUAAUGGCUGCAGUGUUCAACUAGUGCCAGAUUUUGUAUUCCUUGUGCAGCUAAAAAUCGUGUGAAACCGUGCUACGCUGCUCAACUGUACGAUAGUAAAAUUGUCCGAAGUUCAUAGUCAAUGAUGUCCAUUGGCCUUGAUGUUAGAAGCUCUAGCAGCUCAUAUAAUGUAUUACUGGGAUGGGCGAGUGUAAUUUUCUUAGGAAGAAGUCUGAAAACAGUGGCUCAAGCAUUUUAACUGCAUAAAAUGCAGGCAUCUUGUUUUCAUUAGUAAAACUUACUAAUAAAUUAUGAACAUAGCAUUAUUUACCUGAGAAAAGCUUCUGCAUCCAGAUUGAACAACCAGGCUAACAUGCUUGGUUUGAAGAAUUUAAAUGUUGGGUGUUGUCACCUAAUAAACAACGCUUUACUUGAGUUGUUUCACCUGAAGAUUGCUUUUAGUGCUGCUUUUGGUGUCACUUAGAUUUCUCAGUUUUCUUUAUGUUAUAUCAAAUUGGUGUAUGUUUAAUACUUUUUCAGCUUUCCUUACCUCAAACACAUCAGGUUCUAAAAUGUCUGUAGCUCUUAUUAAAGAAAAAACCCCAAACUGGAUUUGCAUAUUCAGUUAGGGGACAGUAAUCGAUUUUGACUAUAAUAACAGUAAAACACAAGUGGCUACAACUACAUAUUCUGCUUUCUGUGUUUCCUUGUGUGCUGCUUUUAAGGAUACUUUGAGCCAAUAGUUUUAGUUAGAGAAAAAAGGUAACAUCCUUCCAAGCUUUCACAACUACAUCUCUUCUGGUCAUGUUUUAAUUAAGCAAAGUUAUUAAUUUAUUGAUUCUCAAGUUCAGUUCUAAAACUUCAGUUUCAUUUCUUUUUUGAAGUUGCACUUUUGUUCUAACGCAUGGCUGUUCAAAAUAACCUUAUGGUCUUGGAUCUGAACGUAAUGCAGGACAGAUGCAGGGCUGAAGGGUUACUGACAUCUUAGUUACUGUUGUACACAUUUACUCAUACACAAGACAGAGCAGUUGCUGACUUCUGCCCUGAUGGUGUUGCGAUCUAACCUGGGUACACAACAGCUUAUGUUUACUCAACCACAACGGGACAAGAACAUCAUUGUAGGUGAUGACUGGGGCGGGUGUUGCUUCAGAAUGGGAGAAUAUCCUAUUCUGUCACGAUUGAUGUUAAGGUUCAAUUAUUCUUCAAGACUUCUUAAAUCUGUUAGCUGAAAGCAUUCUAGAUUUUGACCUAGAAUGGUUAAUCAUGGUUAUUUGCUUACAACAUAUCUGAGCAGUUUCUAGUGAUACGUUUCCAUUCUGUUACUUUAGCAAACUUAAGCAUUUGCUCUGCCACUUUUUCUUCUCACCCCAGAGCUCCCCGAUCUUCUUCUAUCAUUGUUCUUGUGGCUGAACCUUUCUGCUCUAUUUGCCUUGCUGAAAUUAAACUUUGAAGAAGUUGGGUGGGAGAAGGGAUGUCUGUAAAAAAUUUUCUUUCUGUGCCUGGGUUAAAUGAUGUUUAUCUUUUGCCUCUUGUGGAAGCAUUCAACAUUACAAUAAUAAAUAAAUAAUAAAAGAAUACGGUUAGGGGUUUUGUGUGUGUGUACCUCUUGAUAAAUUAGUAACUGCUUAAAAUCUCUAUAUUUAAGCACAACUAAAACUCAUUGCAAUUAAACUUCUAGCAGUACAGAAGACUAAACCAAAAUUAAGGACUACCACAGCAUGAAAACCAAAAAGAAACCCAGUGUAGAGAUGAUAGAGAAGGUACUAAGCAAUAUUUAGAAGGAGGAGCUAAAAGCUUACAUGACUUAAAGCAACUCACUGUUAACAAAAAACAGCUGUUCUCCUUUGUGCCAAGAGAAGACCUGGCACUAAAGUACUGAAGUGAAAUCAUAUUGCAGGGCUGCCCCCUGUCUCUUGGUGCCCUGGCUCCCUGCUCAUCCAAACUUUGAGCAUCGGGGUCAGGCAUCCGGCACCUCUUCCUGAUCCUGGAGCCUCAUCUUGGCAUUAAGCAGAGUGAAAAUGCCUGAAUUAGGGUGCAGGAAAGCAGUUCUGACACUUGUGGUUGAAACAAUUUAAGCAAUACACAGACCAGCUUUAUGUGACAAAGCCAACACAACUAAGAAACUAACAACCGACAAAUUGAAAUACGUAGUUGAUAUCAACAUAGACAUCCUGUUACAGUCCAGAUGACUUUUG